AUGUGGGCUAUAAUAUGCGUUUUCUCGCUGGAAGCAGCCGUUACAGUGGCAGCAAAUUUUGCUACCAUGAUAAUAUUUGCAACAACACCCCGUCUUCGAAGCAAACAGUACAUUAUGAUCAUCAGCCAGGCUKUAGCUGAUCUCUUCGUUGGUCUUGUGUCUGUUCCAAUGUUUACUGUCAGAACKGUUAACAAAGACAUACUCUUUUYAYCUCUAUAUACACAAAUCUAUCAUAUUGAAGAUGGCUUCUUUGCAGCAGCUUCCUUAUUUGGUUUGGCAGCGUUGGCCAUUGAACGAGCACAUGCAACAUACUUUCCAUUCAGACACUCYACAUUAGGUAAAGGCCCGUACAUCAUCGGGAUAGUUUUGAUGUGGACUACUCCAUUGAUCGUGAUCAGUCCAAAUAUACUGUCCAUUGAUAAAAGAACUGCCAUCGCUAUAAAAAAUGCAUUUUUCUGGAUAAACCUUGUAGUCAUUUCUGGUGCUUACUCGCUUAUCGUUCUAAAAGUCCGUUGCACAAUCACUCAAGCUCAUGAUGUAAYCAUCCAAGAAAACAAGAAACUGACUGUCACUCUUGCUGUUGUAACUGUACUAAGUCUAAGCAUGUGGCUGCCCUACCAAUGUUUCUUACUGCUUAAUGCACGCUUUUCUCCUUUCACUUAUUAUCCUGCAAAAUUCCUUCAUUAUGGCAACUCCCUCGUUAAUUCUGUCGUCUAUGCGUUUCGCAUGCGUGAAAUAAAAAGAGAAAUCCUGCGUUUAUUCCAGUGCUGCCGCAGAAMUCAAAUCUCAAGAAGACAGGAACGACAGCUUGAAAACAUUGGAAAAGCCAACGUAAACAACGAAAACGAACUUAGGGGUAGAAGAAGAGUGAGAAAUCUUCAUAAUUGCCAACACGAGAAAGAAGUACUGAUGUAUUGA